AUGGAGGCGCCCGGCUGCUGGGGGCUGCUGCUGGCCCUGGGCCUGCUGCGGGGGGCGGCGGCCACCGCCGCCACAGAGGCGCCCAUGGCCCACCUCCUGUCCCGCGUGCUGUUCUGCCAGCCUGACCACCCCUCGCUGGGCCUGGCCGACACCUUCGACGGGGACCAGCUGUUCUCGUUCGACUUCCCGGGGGCACGCUGGGAGCCCCGGCUGCCCGACUUCCAGCCCUGGCUGGGCACCCAGGAGAGCAAGGAGCAGAUCCGCAACGACUCCAGUCUGUGCCGGCAACUGCUCUUGGUGCUCACCAACAUCACCACGGGCAAGCUGCCUGAGGCUAGAGGCACCCCCAUGGCCAACGUGUUCACAGCCCAGCCCCUGGAGCUGGGAAAACCCAACACCCUGAUCUGCCAGGUGGGCAACCUUUUCCCGGCCUCGGUGACCGUGUCGUGGCAACGGCGGGGGGAGCCGGUGAGCCAGGGCGUCAACACCACGCGGUACUACCCCACCGAGGACCUGGGCUUCCUGCUCUAUUCCUACCUGGAGUUCACCCCGCAGGACGGGGACAUCUACACCUGCACCAUCACGCGGCCCAGGGACCGCUUCUCCACCGUGGCCUACUGGGUGCCCCAGAAUCCCAUCCCGUCGGAGCUGCUGGAGAACGCGCUGUGCGGCCUGGCCAUCGCUCUGGGCAUCUUCUUCAUGGUCACCGGGAUCGUCCUCCUCCUCAAAUCCCGCAGGCCCAGCCCCACAGAGUGAACUCUGAGUGGCUGGAAACGCCCGAAGAACUAUGAGGAGACGCCCCGUGUCCCCCGAACCCCUCCCUGUUCCAGCCCCCCCAGCCCUUGGGAACUGUGGGAAAGGCAGUUCCUGGACCAGCUGCAGUCAGCACGGUGCUGAGACCGGACACACUCACUACACACGGGCCACGUCCGUGGGAACCUGGUGCCUCUCCUCCGGGGGUAUCCCGCUCUGCCCCCUCCAGCAUUCCAGUUGUGCAGCGUGCCUGGGGCAGACUGCGACCCCCGGCCUGUGCCGGGGUCGCCCCACUCCGGCGUAUCGGUGCCUUAUCCAGCCUCCUGCUAAUAAAGGUCUA